AUGCCCCAUAUCCUUACACUCUCCUGGAAGUCCAUGAACGACAAGGACUUUUCCAGCACCAAAGGUACCAGCAACGAUAGCGACCAAGGCGAUGGCGCCAUUUCCCACAGGCCCGACAAGAUCCAUCUCGAAACCAGAGCUCGCCUUGAGCGCUACAAAGCAAUAGCUCAACAAUGUCAUGCCCUUCAAAUUAAGGAUCUGUUUGUCGGACAUCAUGCGGGGGAUCAGGUUGAAACGGUCAUCUUUCGUUUCUCCAGAGCGAGCGGAAUUGAUGGGUUAGCGGGUAUCCAGGAUAUGACGUUACUGGGCGUCGUACAUGUCGCAGAAGCCCUAGAUAUCAGAGUUAUCCGGCCAUUGCUCAAUGUGUCAAAGUGGUGUAUGGAACUCAUGACACCAAAAUACGACUCCUCUUUCUACCUAGUGAAGCCAUGGCUACGGGACAUUUGGUUUGACUCUGAUAACGGCGUCUGUCAUAUCAAAUUGCAAACAGCGCCUGUGCCGAACAACAUUGCAGCAUCGACUAAUAUGGGGUGGCUGCAGGAAUCUGAGACCCAUGUUGCAACACGGAUACUUUCCUUCUUGGUGCGCUGGGUGAAUUGCAAGGAUCAUUCACCCCGUCUAGAGGACAUCCAAACACUGCUCAACCAUCUGAGACAGCCACCUGUGGAGUCAUCAUCUUCGAUUCCUGGACCCCCUGUGCCUGCGAUCGAGCAUGAAGAUGAUGCUAGCUCUACGGUUUACAGGCGGAAGAAAACACGGGCGUCUAAGCAUCGACUGGGCAUGCGGCAGACAGCUCAAUCCCAGGAUCCUGGAUACGUUAUGAACGAUCAGAGAGCGGAACUGUCCACGACAUUGUUGACACGGCAGCCUGUUAAUAUUGCGGGCGUCUUGUUCACUCCACCUCGCAAGACCAAAGGUGUCCUCGAUCACUGGACGCUCUCACGUCAGCCCAUGUCCUCUGCAGAACAAUUGGCGGCCUCGGUGUGUGCGGAUCUGGACACGCAAGUGGACCUGGUUUGGGAUCAACGUUUUUUUAUCAGAAUUGAACCUAGUCCUGGUUUACCAGGAUCAGCCAUGUCCCUGCGACAGAGCCAUCUUCGUGUCCGACCAUUGGCCGCAAGCGACGUCCCAACCAUUCAGCGACUGCUUGAGACGGACCCGCAGCAUGGAGAGGACUCGAACAAAUUGAAGACCUGGAUGUUCAUUGUCUCAGGAAAGGUCAGGUUCACCAUCCCUGUGAUCUGUUACAUGGAAGAGCACAGCCUCAGGACGGAUGAAUUGAAUCCUAGCACGAAUACAAAGUUCGGACGCAGAGGUUCGUUGUCGGAGAGGGUAGUUUCUCUGCCGACUCUGGGCAUCAACAUGUUUCCAUCCGGACUCGUAACCAAGAGCUGGUUCAAAUCCAAUGCUCCUGCAGACGCUCGCGAUAUUCGCGAUUACUUGUUAUGCGAGACAAGAAAAGGGCAGUAA